AUUAUUUGAAAAGAACGAACCUGCAAAUGUCUCAACUGACCAAUCAGAAUCAAGCAUUCCAGAGAGCCGUGUAAUAAGUCAUUAUAAUUAGCUUUCCUUAUCAAUGAGGUUAAUUUUUAGCUGCAUUAGGUUGACGUGACUGGUUACACAGAUUUCUUGUAUUAAGUCAGAUCAUCUUUUACACCUCUGCAUUUGCAGGGUUCUUGUCAUAAGCAAGCACUGCUAUAUUUGCCUUAAAUAUAGGUCUCUGCCUGCUGUCUGACAGCUCUGAGAAUUAGCACUUCAUAAAGCUUUUAGCUUAUCCUGUUCUUCCUCUUGAUCAGCAUGCAUGCCUUUUUGUUUGAUGGACUUUGGCACCCGGUUAGUGUAGUCUGGACCUUAUAAAGACUCCGGCACAUUUAGGCCCAACACUGUGAGACUCGCUUUCUUUGCCCUUCUCCUGGAGCAAUGACGUGGAUUCAUUUCGCAGUGGUGAUCAGUCUUCUUGGCUCCUGCUCAGUCCAGAGUUACGAAUGGGAGCAGCACUAUGAGGAUCUGAAGAAACUGUACAGCGAGAAGGUGCUCAGUGAGGAGCACGUGGAGGAAAUGAGGCCGGCUGGUUUCAGGCAUCCUCCUUUCCAGUGCCCUGACAUGAGUCCGUCUCCCAGUGUUCCCACCUCAGUGGAGUUUGUGAAAGCAGCAGAUAUUAAAGCUGUAGCUGCUCUUGGGGAUUCACUGACAUGCGGAAUAGGGGCUAAUGCCUCGAAUGUCCUCGGAAUUCCGAUUGAGUACAGAGACGUUUCAUACAGCAUAGGAGGAUAUGGGACAUAUGAAGAUGUCAUUACUCUUGCAAACAUCCUCCGACUCUUCAACCCCAAUGUGCUGGGCCCGGCUCCCAGGUCGACACUCCAUGGCUACCCAGCAACCUUGAAUGAUACUGGGCUCAACUUGGCCGUCACGGGCCACAACACACUGAACUUCUCUGAGCAGACGAGGAAUCUGAUUGAGACAUUCAAAGUCUAUCCGGGUCUCAAUUUUCAAGAAGACUGGAAGCUGGUGACCGUCCUAAUUGGAAUGAAUGACAUUUGCGAUCACUGCAAAAAUAAGACUCUCUUCUCAGUGGACAAUUUCAUUCACUACAUGACAGAAGCCUUGGACAUGCUGAAGGAUGAGGUUCCCAGGCUCAUAGUUAACGUGGUCCAGAUUUUGUCCAUGGAACCCUUGAGACAAGUCAAGCGGCCUACCCUAGGAUGCCAGCUCCAGAGGUCCUUUUGUUCCUGCUUGGUGCUCCCAUCAGAUGGCUCACCAGAACUUCAGGAGGUCGUUGAGCUCAAUGUGGAGUUUCAGAGGAGGUUGGAACAGCUUCUCUACAGUGACCGCUACUUCAAGCAUGAUUUUGCUGUGGUCCUUCAGCCUUACCUAACCAAGGCACAGCCAGCAAGGAAACCAGAUGGAAAACUUGACCUGAGCUUCUUUGCACCCGACUGCUUCCAUUUCAGCAUCAAAGGUCACGAGGAAUUGGCCAAGGGGCUGUGGAACAACAUGUUCCAACCAGCAGGAGAGAAGUUUAUGAUAGAGAGUUUUACAGAGCCGGUUAAACUCGCAUGUCCACCCAGGGACCAUCCUUACAUCUACACUAGACCUACAGCUGCUAGCAGCCUCCCCAAGCUCUUCUUGCCCUUGUUAGCCUUGGCAUAUCUCCAUUGAUGGAGUCCCCUCCAUUAGGACACUUGCUGGCCACGUAACCUGUGCAUGGAAAAAUGGAAUUGAAUUUGUUUGAAUGGGAAGGUUUGAAAACUUAUGUCAGCAGCUGAAAAUGACUGACCUCGUGGGGGCAGAUUUGACUGCUGCCAUUGGAAGAUCUGUACUCUGUAUUGGUGCUUCUAAAUCCAGUCCUCAGGGACCUUCAGACAGUCCAUGUUUUUGCUCCCUCCCGAGAGCUAAAAUGUAGACUAGCUGGGAGGGAGCAAAAACGGGGACUGUCUGGGGGUUCCUGAGGAGUGGAUUGAGAAACACCCAUCGAUAUUGAUGAGAAAAAUCUUUAAAAAGAAAGUACUGUUAAAUUGGUCCAAAAUGACAGAUCAUGCUUGUGUCAUGUAUCCAUUUAUUCUGAGAGUCUUACUUGAAAACUUA